CAGCUGAGCUUUGCAGUAGUGCUUGGCUCUGAGACCGUACGGACACAGCGUAAUGAGCACAUCUACCCCUUUGUUUCUUUAGCAGUUCAUUUCUUGGAUGUACCAGUGAAGUCAAUAUAAACCCUGGACAAAGAACACGAUCGUAAAUCGUCGUAGAUUCGAUUGUCACGGAUAACGUAAUAUCAUCUGCAAUUAUCAUGCCUGAGAAAUUUUGUGGAAGCUUUUCUUCGGACGAUGGGAGCUUUCCCCCAUCCCCAACAGCCGAUGGUGCAUCGAAGCGUUUGUCUUGGGGGAAACUCGUACAAAAACUCACGGAGUUCAGUGGAACGACCAGCCCUGGCCACAUCUCGGACUCCGACUCGGACAGCAACAGUAGAGAUUUAUCAGACUCGGGAUCCUUUUGCAUACCAGAAUUGUCUUCCGACUACGACUGGUUCCACGAUCCCCUGGAGGAGACCCUUAGAAAAGAAGCUGUGGCCUUAAUAGCUCGACGUUUGAUUGAAGCCAAAGACGGGACUCUUCGCUGCAGCAAACUGCUCAUACCCGAGAAACUUCUUGAACAUAUCGGCCAGGAGCUCAUUCACCUGGCUGCAACUGAGCCAUGUGGCCUGCGGGGGGCGCUCGUGGAACUGUGUGUGGAGCAGGGAGACUCUUGCUUGAAUAUGGGCCAGAUACCCGUGGACCCCUACGUUGUCCCAACGUUCCAGCUGACACUGGUGUUAAGGUUGGACUCUGGAGGUCUGUGGCCUAAGAUCCAAGGACUAUUUAGUAACAAGUCCCCAGUUGCACCCAUUGUCAGGAACGCACUGAGACUGAGCACUGGUUUCCGGGUCAUCAAGAGAAAAUUCUACAGUCCAGAGGAGUUGAUAGAAGAGUGCUAAACAGGCCCUAGCCUACUGGUGCUUUUUAAAAACUAGAAUUUAAAAAUUGUUUAAUAUAUUGACUUUGAGCGCUGCCAAAUUAGACGGCUUGAGUCAUUUCUUUGUGAUGAAAGAAUGUCUUGACAUCUUGUGGAUGUCCUUGUAUGUCAUCUCAAGAUUUUAUCAAUUAAGAAAAAAUAUCAUGUUUUCUUCACUGUAUGCAUUUAUACUCCUAUAGUGGUAUGGCUAUAAGAAAAACCACAGCAUAAGGUACAGAUAUUUCCAAAUGUUUAACACUUAUCUAGACAGAAGAGAUAUGACUGGGUUGGUUAAAUCCAGUUUAUUGCACGGUUUCCAAUCCAUUGUAUGGGGAUGAGAAGUCUUGGUGCUCCUUUCUGUGUAAUGUUUGUUACUCUGAAAACGUUUACCUCAGUUUCUGUGGAAACCAGACCUAGGCAGCAAGUUGUACGGUCAUGUAGCAUUUUUUAAGUUUACUACAAAGUUAUCCUUUUUGUUUUAAAUUACUUUUUUAAUUUGUAUAUGCAUAUGCCUGUUGCAUGGUGUAUGUAUUUGUUCAAUUUUCACAUGUCCAGCGGUUCUUUCUUGACUCAUGAGUUUCUGGCUGACUUGCAUAUUCACAUGCGUAAUUUAUUUGAUAUUCAAAUAUCGUCAUUGCACUGUUUUUGUACUUUCAUCAAAGAAACUACAGACAAUAAAUUAUUUUUAUGA